AUGGUGACGGAGCGUGACGGCGUGGGCGCGGCGUCCGCGCCCGCCGGCGGCGGCUGCGUGCCCCCCGGCCCGGACUCCGCGCUGCCGCCCCCGCGCCGCUCCGGAGAGAACCGACGGAGCAACAAGCCCAUCAUGGAGAAGCGACGGCGAGCCCGCAUCAACAACUGCCUAAACGAGCUCAAGUCGCUCAUCCUGGACGCCAUGAAGAAAGACCCGGCUCGCCAUUCCAAGCUGGAGAAAGCUGACAUUCUGGAGAUGACCGUGAAGCACUUGGAGACGCUGCAGCGCCAGCAGGCCGCCAUGUCCGCGGCCACCGACCCUGCCGUCGUCAACAAGUUCCGCGCGGGCUUCAGCGAGUGCGCGGGCGAAGUCGGCCGCUUUCCGGGGCUGGAGUCCGCGGUGCGGCGCCGCCUGCUGCAGCACCUCGCCAACUGCUUGAACGGCAGCACGGCGUCCGCCCCCGAAGCCGCCGCCGCCGCCCCCGCCUCCACCACCCGCGUCCGGCCCGCCGCCGGCGGCACGCCCCGGCGCCCGCCGGCGUCGCCGCCACCUGCCGUCCAGUAUCGAACUUUCCUUUUGAAAUGUACCGGAAUUUGUCGUGGUGGAGGAGGGUGCAGCGAGCAGAAAUUUAUAAUUUUGUUAUUAUAUGAAAUACAUUUAAAAGACUACUGUAGAUAUGUGCUGACAUCUGUCAUGACAAAUGUAAAUAUAAACCAAUUAAAAUCUUUAAAAAUGACUCGCCAUCACCGUGGGCUUUUGCAUUUCAACAUUCUCAUUUUUUUCAUAAAUAUGAGAAAAAACAUAAUCAUGAAUUCUCCAAAGAAUGAAGAUGUUUUUGAAAAAGCCCAGAUCGUUCGCUAUCUGUAUUCCUAUUUCAAUUAUGAUACUAAUAUUGAUCAA